CCCGCAGCGGCCAUGCAGCUCCUGCCGCUGCUCGCCUGGGCGCUGCUGCCAGGAUGCUGGGCGGUGAGGGGGCCCGGCACCGUGCGGGGAUCGGUGGGGGGGUCCCUCUCGGUGAACUGCACGUACCGGGCCGGCCAGGAGAUGAAACCAAAAUUCUGGUGCAAACCGGGAAGACUUUACACCUGUGCUGAUGACAUCGUCAUCACCUCGGAGGAGCAGCCUGUGGUGCGGCGGGACCGAUUCUCCAUCCGGGACAAUCGCACACGGCGGGUGUUCACGGUGACCAUGGAGGGACUGGCCGAGGGGGACUCGGGCACCUACCGCUGCGGGGUGCGAACGGGCGCAAUCCGGUUUGAUGAUAGGUGUGAUGUGACGGUGAUCGUGUCCCCAGCUCCUUCUUCCUCCUCCCCAGCAUCAUCCUACCCCAUGACCACCGAGCUCCUUGAUCUCCGUAGCUCUGUAUCAGUCCCCACAGAGACAACUCCCCGGGGGGAAGCUGUACCACGUGGAUCAAAUCUCUCUCACCACAAAGGCUCCAGCCCUCCACCCUUGGAUGUGGUUGAGCACAUCCUCACUCCAGGCAUCGUAGUGGUUCUUCUUCUGCUUGCAGUUGCUGCUGGCGUUUUGGUAAUGCUGUCCAGGAAGAGGAAGAAGGCCCUCUCUGGAGCAGCUGUAGAGAUGGACAGGACUCGCAGCACAUCACAUACAGGAGCGGAUACCUUGAACUACGCGGACAUCAACCACCACGCGGGCACAGCCGAGAGCCAGUUGUACAGCAAUGCCGAGGCUUUCCGCUGCUUGGCAAACACCGCGACCGAUUACAUGGAGGUGAAGCAGAGCAACAAGCAUUUGGAAGGGGAAAAAGAGGCUAUAUAUGCCAGUGUGCAGAAGUCCCUGCCAGAGAAGCAGGAGAUCUAUGCCAACGUGCCUUCAGCCCCACAGCCCAGAGGACAGCCCUACGACGCAGCGCAGAGGGUGUGAGCUGGCACCCAGCCCCGCGGGCUGCUCCUGCUGCCAGCAGUGCCAGCGGGACAUGGGCUGGCUUUCCACUCAGGCAGGAGCUGGC